UACACGUACUUCAUAUAGAAAAUUGUUAGUUGUUUAUUGUCAACUCUACUUUUAAGUUCUCUUUUAUUUUGUAACUUUAUAUCUGCCCAAGGAACUCCGUUGAAUCCUCGGAGCCAGAAACAGUGAAAUCUACAAAAUAUGACAAAACCGCAGCAGUAUCUGGCUGCUGCAGAGGAUGUGGCCGAUCAGGUGAUCAGAAGUGGCAGAAAAGUGAUACCAAAGGUGGGGAAGAUUUGCCUUAUUGCCAGCUUCCUGGAGGAUGGCAUCAGGAUGCUCUCGCAGUGGGACGAGCAACGUGAGUAUGUGGACGAGACUUGGUUAUGUGGGAAGUUUCUGGGCACCAUGUUCGUCCUGAUCAAUAUGCUGGGACAGCUGGUUGGCUGCUGGAUGGUGAUCUCUCGCCGAAAGCCCAACAUUGCCGUGGGAUUGCUCCUCUCGAUUGUCCUGCUUCAGAUAGUGACUUACUCCAUUUUGUGGAACUUGAAAAUCCUGUCGCUUAAGCUGGGACUCAUUGGUGCCCUGAUCCUUGUCCUGGCCGAGGGUCAAGUUGAGGAGCAACGCCUCAGCCUAUUUGCCGGUUUGCCAUCCUUGGGCGAGAAUAGACCCAAGGUCUAUAUGCAGCUAAUUGGUCGCAUCCUGUUGGCCUUAAUGUUCCUCGGCCUGAUCCGGUUCCAGUUGAGGACAUGGCCAAUGAUUCAGGAUAUUUUCGCUAUCAUGCUAAUGAUAUUCGUUGUCCUGGGCUACAAGACCAAGUUGUCGGCCCUCAUUCUGGUGGCAUUGCUCUUCGUGCUGAAUCUGUAUCACAAUGCCUGGUGGAAUAUACCGGAUUAUCGGCCACUUCGGGACUUUUUGAAAUAUAGCUUUUUUCAAACCCUUACGGUUAUUGGCGGACUAUUGAUGAUUGUAUCCUUGGGCCCUGGCAGCGUUUCCAUCGAUGCAAGGAAGAAGAUGUGGUAGAAAUUAGAUGUUUUCUUGUACCAAAAAAAUUAUUGUACUGAAGAG